CUACGAAGUAAUGAGCAGUCGGUAACAAUGGGGAAACGCGGCCCAGCGACGGUCAGGACCCGCGGGACGCCCGAGUGCGUUAUUACCAUUUUUUGAGUGAUAUGCUGCUGCACUAUAGACGUGUAUACCGGCUGAAUAUACUGUACGAGUACCUCGUGAAUGGCAAGUCUCUUUUCCACUUCACGCAAACCACGUCCAACACUUUGUGGUUGCUGCUAGGAGCUCAGGCAGUGUGCUCUGCCUGUUCCAACAGCUUGCUUAUCACAUGCACAGUACCACUGCUGCAUCAGAACCGGAAAAUUACUACAAGCUGCGGUAUCUACAAAGUCAGCCAGCCUGCGUGACGGCCUGUGACCAGAGCGCACCAACCCGGAAGAAACCGUUGUACUACAUUGUAGGGAUAACAAGACGUGCUCAUUUGUCAAAGCGCACUAGGCCUUGCACGAGACACGGGGAAAACAUGAGUACAUGUAUUCUCAAUUAUAGUCACACCACAGAUUUCAAGCCAAUCGGUUGCGUCUUUGUUUCCCCUUGCUCCUGGCUUGGCCGCCCGGGAUUGUAAAUGGACAAAUCCCCAGUCGACUUUGAUGGACGAAGAGUACUUUAGUCAGAGAAUUGGCGGACGGAAGGCGCGUUGAUCAUUGGCUGUCGUUGGCACCAUUUGGCCUUUUUGCGGCUUUUCUAUUAGCCAGGGGUUCAGUGUGUCUGCGUGGCUGGCACUGACUCGGUUGUUACACAGGAGGCGUGUACGCAGCGAGCCAUUUCCAUUUCGUGUGGAGCCUUCGCAACACGUUGUACCGGGAACCCUGAAGGGGAACUCCACUGAGUGCAAUGGGGGUGGAUGUGUGACUGAAACCUCGUUCAUAUACGCACGUGCAUGCUGGAACCCAUGUCAAUUGCCAGAACAUCGACAUGACACAGCAUUCCUGUGCCGAGCUUGUAAAAUGUGUCCUUUUGCUCGUGAGGCUUAAUCUCCUUUUAUUUGGGGCCAUUCGAAAUUGAAGCCUCAAAAACCAAGAGCGUGAGUGAUUGGAUUGAUAUAGUUAGCCACGAGAUCAAUGUAAUUGUGGUGCCCGACCGAAAUUGGGUCAUCACCGGUGUUUGUGUACCGGUUGUCAGGCGAGCUUCGUUGCUUCAGAACCGAACCGACAGGAGGCACAAACGGUCAGUGAUUGUUGGCGGUCAUUCACAUCACGGUCCGUGCUCACAUCAAUCCGGCCGGCAACCAAACACCAAAUACUGUCGCUGCGUUCUUGCGACUGACACCCGCGGCUGUGGUAGCAAGGUCAUACACGCUGUCGAAUCCAGGUAUGGAUCUGUGCACGUGCUACAAAUGGUUAGCCAUUGCUCUUCUGCUCGCUCUCCUCGUGGUGCGAGCGAGCUGCCAGGCAGCCACCGGGGACAUGGUGGCCUACCUGGAGUGCUACAGGUGCACGGCCUACGAGUUCGAGGAGAACUUUUGGUCCAAGCUGUCGCAGUGCCAGAGCGGGCAAGUCGAGGAGACGGUCCAGUGUCCCUACUCGAUAACCCGGGAGGAACAGGGAGUUGACAAGACACACGAGUUGCACCCCAGCUGUACGAUCGUGGAACAGAAAGCUGCCGGGGUCAUUACGAGUUACUCGCGAGGUUGCAAAUAUUUCGUCAACUGCACAGAAGUGGAUAUGUGCGGCGAGUCCACGGAAGCGACGGGUGUGUGCAUUUCCUGCUGUGACUCGGACCUUUGCAAUGGAGCGCCCUUGUCUGUCCUAAGCAGACUACAGGUUCUUGGAACAUCGGCCGCCAUGUUGGUUGCCUGGAUGUUAAGCAGAUGAGAGGGCUGUAAACGUGCAUCGUUUCAGGCUCCUAAAACAAGACUUAAAAUGGAAUGCCCGGUGAAGCUGCAAAGAAAUGUGUUGCUGGUCACACGAGGAUACAUGAGAUAUAAAAAAGGAAAGUCAAACUUACGUGAGUCGAAACAGUGAAGGAAAUGUACAGUUUGUGAUAUUGUGGGGUAUCUUCGUUAACUUGUGAUCAGAACUGUUGCCAAGAACAAACAUCUUCGCUGUUUGAGAAAAAAAAAACAAAUUGAUGUGCACAUACUGUAUAUGUAUAUAGACUGCUGGGUGAUUGUAAAUUUAUCGUGGAAUGUGUUAAAUAUAUGAACGAAUUAAUCAAAAGCUAUCGGUAGGGUCUGUUUAAGCUGUUUGUACUUGACGGAAGCAAAAUUCAUUGGCGAUGGUCAAUGUGCUCUUUAAAAUGAACCUAGUUGAUUGCUAAAAGCGCUGACAUCACAGAUGGAUAAACGUGUGUGGGAAAUAGAGCCCUACCAUUUAUAGGCCAAAGUGAGCAGGUAAUAAACUAGUAUUAUGUCGAUAUGUAACUGUGAUACAGUGGUCACACAGUUAGCAUUGUGCCUUUCAAUAGGUUUUUCCCUUCGUACUCCUGAAAAUGUUGAAAUGUUUUCUUGACUUGAAGUCUACGAUGAUGCAUAUUGUUCAAAGAAAUGAGACAACACCGUGCCCACCGACUAAAAAGAUGGUCUCUUUUCAAUCGGAGUAAAUUCAGAUCGAGGCUUGAUGUGCGACCGGGAUCUGACGUCUACGACUGCCCUGUAUACUUAGUGGCACCGAAUUAACGCACGCAGAUGGCACUAGCGGAAGCCAGGUGUACAACUGCCGAGCUGUCCACGCCCUGCUCGCUAACGAUUCUGCUUAUGAAAUUUACUGGACUGAGAAAAGUGUGCAAGGAAUCGAUACCAUCUGGCACGUAAACGGUGAGAGAGAAAUCCAUCUCGUCACCUAAUUGUGUACCAUGCAUCAACACUGGGGAAAAAUAGUGCAACUGUGAAACCGUCGUCACACGGCCUCUCGGGACCACAGCUAGACUGUGCUCGUCGAUCGAUGAUGGGCUGGUAUAUUCUGCGACUAAAUGUCAAGUCAAAGCUAGUUGAUGCGUUCCAGGGGAAGGAGAGACAACUUACAUGGGUCAAAGUAUCGAUGUCAUCAGCCUAUCUCGAUUAGUAUCCCCGUUGAGCAAACAAGGAUUUCUUGGAAAUGUACGUUCUGGUAUCCUGGUCUGUCUCUGAAGACUCUUCUUGUAUGUGAAAGCCAGCCUGUAUAAAUAUGCAGGUAAAAACUAGCUUUUUCAUAAUCUUCCUCCGGAAAGGAUUCCGUCUGAUUGGAUCCGGAUGACAUUUGAAAGUCGGAUGGAGAGGAUUAUUUCGCACCGGCCAAAAUGAGUUGGCGGCCUAACCGCAAGCCCAUCUACAGUCACACCUAAUCGAACCCUUUUGACUCGAUACUCUAUAGCUUGUGACACAUUAAGAUUGUGCAGUGUUGGUGUUAAAACAACGUCGCGUUGCGUUGCGACCAAAUUAGUCUUGGGUUGACUUUGCUUUACAAGUGUAGAAUUCUCUGAGCUUGGAUUUGCUAUAAGACACUCUGCACAUUGAUAUUUAAUAUAAGGUUAAAAGUUUCCUACUCGCACUUAAUAUUUGGUUAAUAUCUUCCCUCUUCCCUCCCUAACGUUUUGUUGAAGCUUUCAAUAGAUUCAGGGGAGGAAUAAGUGCGCUAAGGCUCGGCCUCGGUCUUCCAGAUAGCCAUGGGCUGUGCUGAAUGACUGGGCUGCAAGCGUCUCUAGUGCAUGCUUUUGGCCGUUCAGCACCUUGGCAGUGGCUAAUACCGAGCCUACCCUGACGUGGCUAGCAAAGCUUUUCUGUAGGGCACCUGUCAAAAUCAAAAUGUUGAUCAAAAGUUGUCAAUCGAACCAAUGUCAACCACGUCGUGUGGCAGCAUUGUGCAGUCAGUGCCCGAGACCCCAAGAAUUUAGCCCAGGUAGAUGUGACCUUUUAAAGGACAAACCCCAUUGGCUUGUCCGCGCCUUAUUUCUCUUUGUCUAAAAUUAGUUGUUUCCGGUGCCAUACGACGUGGAAACUCGAUUUUUCUCCCCUGUAAUGUUUAUGCCUUUAUCAAUAAAAUGCCCAGUUUAAGCAGUUCAACUAAUCGAUGCUAAGAUCAAUAAUACAAUCUUGUUAAUUUCUACCUGGCCACAAUAUAAUUUGCACAGUCAUCUAUGACCAACAGUGAUAAUUUAAACCGACGUAACUUAAAACGAUUCAUAGGUUGCUUGUUGUGAGGGAACCUUUAGCCAUUAAACGAGUAGGGACCUGUGCGGUCUCGUUAUA